AUGGGUAGCCGGGACUUCUGCUCCCAGUCAGCAAUAACAAAAAAAAAAAAGGCACCGGAGGUAAGGGCCCGAUGCGUGGUGGCAGGUGGGGAAGCGGACCGGCAGGCGGAGCAGGCCCCGCCGGGGACCCAGGCUCCCCGCCUGAAACCCCAGGGAUGUGGCCGAGUAACAGCCGAGGUGAUCGAGCACCUGGAGCGUCUGGCGCUUGUGGACUUCGGCAGCCGGGAGGCUGUGAUGCGGCUGGAGACAGCCAUCGCCUUUGCCGACAGGCUUCAUGCGGUAGACACGGACGGAGUGGAGCCCAUGGAGUCGGUACUAGAGGACAGAUGUCUAUACCUGAGAGCUGAUAACGUUGUAGAAGGCAACUGUGCUGAAGAACUACUACAAAACUCCCAGCGGGUCGUGGAAGAGUAUUUUGUGGCCCCCCCAGGUAAUAUCUCUUUGCCAAAGUUGGAUGAACAAGAGCCCUCCCCACAUGGCUGA